GAUCAGAUCCUACGGAUCCCUCUCGCACUCCGGAUGGCAGUGUGAGCGACGGUGAUGGUUCUGGAGGACGCGAUUCUCGACCCCGUGAUGGCGCUGGUGAGUCCUGGACGACCAGAGUGACGACCCCUACGGCAUGGACGGCGACUCCCCCCACGGCACGACCCAGAGCUACUAGUACGGAGCCCGAGACCUACGAGACAGGACGGCGAGCGGCGCCUAGUGAAAAGAUGGCUGUGCCCAGUUUCAACGCCGAGUCUUCUGGCGAUGAGCUAGGAGCGAGUGCCCGUUCCUACCUUCGUCAGGUGGAUGCUUGGACCAAGGUCACGAGACUCCCGGAGGAGCAGCGGGCCUUGGUACUGUAUCAACACCUCCAGGGAAGGGCAUGGAUCGAGGCCGAAGAGCUGGAUGUAGACAUCGAGUGGAGACCAAAGGCACGCCUCGUCGUGGGAGGACACAAGGAUCCGGAUGCCCCCUACCUGGUCACCAACGCUCCGUCGCUGUGCGACGCUCUCAAGGACUCCUUGAAUGCUGCGCUGCCCGUGGAUGAAUGGCUCGAUAAUCAGUUCGAGUACCUUGGGUCCAGAGUGGUUGUGGAAGAAGACGGGGUGACGGUCGACCAAGAGCUGUAUACCUCCGGGCGGCUCUUCACCGUGGACAUCGGCAAGGAGCAGCACGACCUAGACCCCGCCACCCGCGAGCAGUACAUCGAUAACAUGAGCGCUAUAGGCGCCUUGUCUUGGUUGGCCUCGCAGACACGACCGGAUCUCCAGGCCGGCGUUUCCAUGGCCCAACAACUGCAACGACAGCCCUUGGUAGAGGACUUGCGCUUCACCAACUCCCUCGUCAAGAAGGCAUGGGCUCACCGAGAGGAGAGUCUGAGGCUCAAGGCCGUGGACCUCGCCUCCUUUGAGAUCCUGGCUUAUCACGAUGCCGCAUGGGCUAACACCGGGCCGGCGACCGGACAAGAUCCUGACUUCAUGCUCUAUGCCGAGGAUGAGCUCGACGGCGUCAUGGAAGACUCUCCCUUCAAGAACAAGGAGAGGAAGGCCAAGCGGUCAGCAUCAAAGGUGGCCAGCCAGUUUGGGGUGCUGAUCAUGUUGGCCGACAGCGAGUGCACUUUUGGGGGAGAAGGCAACGCAAGCAUCCUUGAAUGGCGUCCUUCUUCUGUUCUCUUCUUGAAGGACGACUUCGGCGAGUCGAAGAUCUUCACGGGCAACAUCUGA